AUGGCCUUGGCCAAUUACAGCAGCCUGAACCGGGCCCAGCUCACCUUCGAGUACCUGCACACGAACUCAACUACCCAUGAGUUCUUGUUUGGUGCCCUUGCUGAACUUGUAGAUAAUGCCAGAGAUGCAGAUGCCACGAGAAUAGACAUUUAUACUGAGCAACGGGAAGACCUACGAGGUGGAUUCAUGCUGUGUUUUUUGGAUGAUGGAACGGGAAUGGAUUCAAAUGAAGCUGCCAGUGUUAUUCAGUUUGGUAAAUCAGCCAAGCGAUCACCCGAGUCAACUCAAAUUGGGCAGUAUGGGAACGGCUUGAAAUCGGGUUCCAUGCGUAUUGGGAAGGAUUUUAUCCUGUUCACAAAGAAAGACAACACUAUGACUUGCCUCCUCUUGUCACGGACGUUCCAUGAGGAAGAAGGCAUCGAUGAGGUCAUCGUUCCCCUGCCCACCUGGAAUGCACGAAGCCGGGAGCCUGUGACUGACAACAUGGAGAAAUUUGCUAUUGAGACGGAGCUAAUUUACAAGUAUUCCCCUUUCAAAUCAGAACAGGAAGUGAUGGAGCAGUUUAAUAAGAUCCGUGGUGAGAAAGGCACCCUGGUGAUCAUCUUUAACCUCAAACUAAUGGAUAAUGGAGAGCCAGAGCUGGAUGUGACUUCUGACCCUCGAGACAUUCAGAUGGCAGAAACACCCCCAGAGGGAACAAAGCCUGAGCGCCGCUCCUUCCGUGCCUAUGCUGCUGUGCUUUAUAUUGAUCCCAGAAUGAGGAUCUUCAUAAAUGGACACAAAGUACAAACCAAACGGCUUUCAUGCUGCCUGUACAAGCCAAGGAUGUACAAAUAUACUUCAAACCGUUUCAAGACCCGUGCAGAGCAAGAGGUGAAGAAAGCAGAGCACAUGGCAAGGAUAGCGGAGGAGAAGGCUCGUGAGGCGGAGAGUAAAGCCCGUGCCCUUGAGCUGCGCCUAGGAGGGGAUCUCACGCGGGAGUCCAGGGUGACACUACGUCAAGUCCAAAACUCUGCAAUAACCAUGCGCCGGGAGGCUGAUGUCAAGAAAAGGAUCAAGGAUGCAAAGCAGCGGGCACUGAAGGAACCCAAAGAACUGAAUUUUAUCUUUGGUGUGAAUAUUGAGCAGCGCGAAUUGGAUGGCAUGUUCAUUUAUAACUGCAGUCGGCUGAUAAAGAUGUAUGAGAAGGUGGGCCCACAGCUGGAGGGUGGCAUGGCAUGUGGUGGAGUGGUAGGCGUGGUGGAUGUGCCCUAUUUGGUUCUGGAGCCAACCCAUAAUAAACAAGACUUCGCUGAUGCCAAAGAGUAUCGACACUUGCUGAAGGCCAUGGGAGAGCAUUUGGCUCAGUAUUGGAAGGAUGUUGCUAUAGCCCAGAGAGGUAUCAUCAAGUUCUGGGAUGAAUUUGGUUAUUUAUCAGCAAACUGGAACCAGCCUCCAUCUAGUGAACUGCGCUACAAACGCCGGAGAGCCAUGGAGAUCCCUACCACGAUUCAGUGCGAUGUAUGUCUGAAAUGGCGGACUCUCCCAUUCCAGCUGAGUUCAGUGGAGAAGAAUUACCCUGAUAGCUGGGUAUGCUCUAUGAACCCUGAUCCUGAACAAGACAGAUGUGAAGCUGCAGAGCAGAAGCAGAAGGUACCACUGGGAACUCUGAAGAAAGACUUGAAAUCACAGGAGGAAAAGCAGAAACAACUGACAGAGAAAAUCCGCCAGCAGCAGGAAAAGCUGGAAGCUCUGCAGAAAACCACUCCAAUUCGAUCUCAAGCUGACUUAAAGAAACUGCCUCUGGAAGUGACCACACGGCCUGCAGGGGAGAACACCCAGUCACAGACCCGACCUCAGCGCCCGCGAUCUCCUCCUUUACCUGAUGUAAUCAAGAACGCACCCAGCAGACCACCACCACCUACGCCUCUUCCCAAGUCUGUCACGCAGCUGAAAAAGAGCUCUUCAGCUUGGCCAAAUAUCAGCACUCCCAAACUGGCAAGCAUGCUCUCCAAGGAGGAGGCCAGCACUUCCAGGACACACCAGCACACUGUGACAGCUGGAAAGUCUAACAGCACUUUAAAAACUCUUGCCAAACCAGGUACAACAACGAAACCACCCUCUGCUGUCCUGCAGAACCCCAAAAGCUCACGUGAGACACCCAGUCCAAAAGCUGCCAAAGUGCCAGCACUAAAGAAAUCUGCCACUGUCAAAUGCCCACAGGCCUCCACCAUUCGGAAGAGGACCUUGAACACCACAGAGGACGGGUCUGAGGAGGACGGUGAGCACAAGAAGGAGAAGACAAAACGGGGCAAAUUUAUAGCAGUGAAAGAAGAGAAGAAGGAUUCCAGUGAGGUGGUGGUAGAGCUCACAGACAGUGCUGGGGAGGAAGAGCUGGCGGAACUGAAGAAAGCUCAGAAAGAUAAAGGGCUGCACGUGGAAGUGCGUGUGAACAAGGAGUGGUUCACAGGCCGUGUCACAGCUGUGGAAAUGGGCAAGCAUGCAGUACGCUGGAAGGUGAAGUUUGAUUAUGUUCCUACAGACACCACACCAAGGGAUCGCUGGGUAGAGAAGGGCAGUGAGGAUGUGAGGUUGAUGAAGCCUCCCUCUCCUGAGUACCAGGCUCCAGAUACGCAGCAGGAAGAGGAGGUGGUUGUGGCUGAACCUUCUACCUCAGACUGUGUCAGAAUUGAGCCAGACACCACUGGUCCCAGCAGCAGCCAAGAAACAGUAGACUUACUAGUCCAGAUCCUUCGAAAUUGUUUGCGGUACUUCUUACCUCCGAAUUUUCCUAUCUCCAAGAAGGAGCUGAGUUCCAUGAGCUCGGAAGGGUUGUUGGCAUUUCCCUUGAAAGAAUAUUUCAAACAGUAUGAGGUAGGUCUGCAGAACCUGUGCAAUUCAUAUCAGACACGCGCCGACGCCCGGGCCAAAGCCUGUGAAGAAAACCUCCGCAACUCGGAGAGAAAGCUGAAGGAAACAGAGGAGAAACUGCAGAAGCUGAGGACUAACAUCGUGGCCCUUCUGCAGAAAGUGCAGGAGGACAUUGAUAUUAAUACAGAUGAUGAACUGGAUGCAUAUAUCGAGGACUUGAUCACGAAAGGAGAUUGAGCAGCCCCAGUACAAGUCCUGGAGAAGCGCAGAGGAGCUGGUUGCUGCGAUGGGAGAUGUGGAUUCCUGCAGUGGAGGACUAUGGCAGCUGAUGAGGAGAGAGGGUUUUUAGACAGUACUUAUGUUGUGUUGGUGUACAACUUGUUCUUGUGACUUUACAUAAAAAAGACACUUGUGCUGUUGGCAGGAAAAUUUUUAACAUUGUAGUUCUCUGAAUCUCUUCCUUUUGUUCAUAAAUAUUUAUUUUUAAAAGAAAUAGGAACUUUGCCUGAUAUGAUGGGAGGGUUGCUGUGUGUUUUUAAUGAGGUAAAAGUGUGAGUACCCUUUUUGCAUCUGGGGUAUAUUCAUAUGCCAAACCUGGAAGACCAGAACAUCCUGCCUAGCAGGUUGUCUCAAGUAAGAACCUGGCAGCAACUUAAAAAUAAGCCUUGAGUUAUGGAAGAGGUCAGGACUUAGACUUCGAAGAUACUGAACUUGGGCUAGAGAAAGCCAAGUCAGGAAUUUGAGCUACACAGAGGAGAUCAAAACACAGUCGCUGUGUGAGCGUGAGUGGAGGGGAUGAAAUCUUGGUGGUUCUGAGGGUGUUGGGGUAGGGGAUUGGCACUUGCCAGUGCAGUGAGUUUCCCAAAUAUGAGGUCUCUGUAAGCAGGUGGAGUUGUCGCCAUGCUAACAGUCAGAGACUGAGGAUCCUUUUAGAAGACGACGGCCUCUUAGGCUGCUCGCAGUGGGUUGUGAUCAUCAGAGGGAGAAAGCUGGAGUUCAGAUUCUUUUCUAGCAGUCACCUUAUUGCACACUUUUGCUGCUGUUUCUUUGAGACAUAAUUGCAACGGCAGAACAACUCCUCAACCAGCUGAAAAUAAAGUGACCCUCUGUUCUGUUGUCACUCCCUCAGGUUUGCGUUGCUUUGAUCAACUUGCUCUUCCAGGUAAUUUUAUUAGAGUGCUGGAAUUUGGAGCCUUUGGAGCCCUGCGUCGCUGAGUCACAUCUGGCCCUGGGUGAGCAGCAAGGACAAUGCCUUUCCCUUGUCCUCCCAGCUGGAGGCUGCACUACAGCUCCUAGCAGACCACUUGUGGCCAAGGUGACUCAGUUUGAGUUUGCUGGCUAGCCAGCUUCUCAGGUCUGCUAGGACGAGAUGUCCAUGAACU